GCGUCUACCUGGGACAACGGACCGUACACGUUAAUCUGUCUCACACAAAGGGCGGAGAAAACUUUUCUUUAGUCCUCAUCAAGGAGGAGUCUGCAGACACACCGACAUGCAGCGAAGCGGAGGCUGAGAGGGCAACUCGCACUGAGUAAAAACUCACAGACAGCCAGUCCCCUCGGCGAUGCUUACCCGACACCACGCCGGAGAUUGAUCACCGAUCAUCAGGUCACCCACCUGGUCUGCCCGCCAGCAGAUCCGAACCAGCGCGCGCCCCUUCUCCGAGCUCCAGGAAGAAGAAGCAAACAUGUCAGAGAGGAGAAGUCAGAAGAAGUCCAUCUUUCUGUCCUCGUUGUUGUUGUGCUGCAUGUUUGCCAGUGCAGAGUACUCCAGCUGUGGAGAGUACGAGUUUUUCAAUCAGACCAGCAACAGUUGCCAGGCCUGCCCUCAGUGCCAACCGGGACAGGAGCCGCACAUGAGCUGCGGCUACGGUGUGAAGGAUGAGGACUUUGCCUGUGUGACGUGUCCACACGGGAAAUAUUCCAAAGGGAAGUACGAGAUCUGCAGGAGGCACAAAGACUGCGAUGCUCUCUACAAAGCCACGGUGCGCGUGGCGGGAACUCCGGACAGCGACGCCGAAUGCGGACCCUGUUUGCCAGGGUACUACAUGCUGGAGAACAGACCCAGGAACCUCUACGGGAUGGUUUGCCAUUCCUGCCAGAACGCCCCGCGCAACACCAAAGAAUGCACGUUGACCAGUCGGCCAAAAGAAAAACCUGUUAUUGACCCCGGCAGCACAACUGUGUUCCCUCAUCUGCAUAAAGAUCCCAACGGACAGGGUCACCUCGCUACGGCCCUCAUCAUCGCCAUGUCAACCAUUUUCAUCAUGGCCAUCGCCAUCGUACUCAUCAUCAUGUUCUAUAUCCUAAAGGCGAAACCGAAUAGUCAGGCAUGUUGUUCUGGACAAGUCGUGAAGGCAGUGGAAGCUCAGAGCAACAAACAGGAGGAGAAGAAAGAAAUCCCUGACAAGGUGGUGAUCUACUCAGAGAAAGAUGAGUUUGACAAACUGAAAGCUGCUCCUCAGAAGACGGUCAAAAGUGAAAAUGACGCGUCGUCAGAGAACGAGCAGCUGCUGAGCCGCAGCAUCGACAGCGACGAGGAGGCGGCGUCCGACAAGCAAGGAGCGGCCGACGCCAACAAUCCCAACUUGUGCCUCGUCAACCUGGGGAACAAGCCCGACCUCUGCCUGCUCUCACUGGGCCUCUUGGAGCGGGACAGGUCCAGCAACGGGGGGCCCGCCGCGUCGGCCGGACCGGCCAAUCACAUCCAGAGUCCCAACCGCAUCAGCAGCGCGAACGCAAUCAAUAACAACAAUAAAACCCCGGGGAUGCUUCAGAGCCGGAGGAAAAAGAUCUUGGAUCUGUACGGCAGAGCCUGCAAUGUCACGGAGGGCCUGAGCCCCACAGAGCUUCCUUUCGACUGUCUGGAGAAGGCCAGCCGCAUGCUGAGCUCCUCCUACAGCAGCGAGGCGGCCGUGGUGAAGACGUGGAGGCACCUGGCCGAGAGCUUCGGGCUGAAGCGAGACGAGAUCGGCGGCAUGAGCGACGGCCUGCAGCUCUUCGAGCGAGUGAGCACGGCGGGUUACAGCAUCCCCGACCUCCUGACCCGCCUGGUGCAGAUCGAGAGGCUCGACGCCGUGGAGUCGCUCUGCUCCGACGUGCUGGGCAGCGGCGAGAUGGCGGCGGCUGCCGGUCGCCAGGGCAACAGCAGCUUUCACAGCCAGCUGGUCUGCCCGUCCUCGUGCCAAUCUCCGUCCCAGCGCUGCGCCAGCGUCUGAAAGCGCGCGUGAUGGAGCAGAGACUCGAGACUUUUCGAUGCACGCGUGCGAGGACAGCGCCUGCGCUGAGAGGACGGCGCGCGCACGGCACACACACACACACACACACACACACGCGCGCGCGCCCAUCACAUGAAGAACUCCCAGUGCACAAGGCUUUUUUUUUGUCCCAGCAUGCGUUUUCUCUGUCACGAAGUUUGUAAUCCGAGAUCCUUUCCAAAGGGCAAGUUUGAGAAAUCAUACCAUUGAUCUGGAUUUUGAGCUCAGAUACUUUCUCCUCAGAAAUCAGUCAGUGCAGAACUUGCACAAAGUAAUGGUCAGAUUAAGUGUGCGCUGGACGCAAUACAAUCACACCUUUUGUGGCCUUUUUCCCACCGUAAAAGUUUUUCCACAAAAAGCAUAUAAAACUACAAGUGCCAAGUGAGUGCCUUUUCUUGGACGCUUAAGAGGAAGGAAUGACGCUGCCUUACCGCUAAACCUUUUUAAUGAGGGUGUUGAUGCCACGAGACGCUUGUGGAAAAGCGACAUGAUGGUACGGUGCCUUUGGCUGCGCUGUAAUCACAGCGGAAAGACGGCAGAUAUGAGCUCCCUGUUUAAAAAUUUAUCGUUAUGUCCAGCUGUAAAUGGUUAACCACCAUCACACGGAUCAAGCACACGUACUGAUUGAUUAGUAUGAAUAAAGGAAUCCGAUUGUUUAGCUCAAUCAACGCGUGGAUACGGACGUUACGCUACUUUCGGCAUGAAUCCACUUUUCCCAACUUUAACACACACCAACCAGCAUUCUCAUACACCAACAACUUCCAUGGACACCCCCCCCCCCCCCUUAUUACCCUUUUUACCCCAAUGCUGCGGUCUAGUGCUGCCGCCAGCCCUAAUUAUUUGGCGUGUGGCUCCUGUGGGCCCCUAAUAGUCUCAAGUGUUGUGGCUUACAAAUGCCUGUGAUUUCCAGCACCCAAUUAAGCAGUUAGGGCCACUUAACCAGUGAAAGCCCAGUGGGAACGCAGUAAAAAAAAAAAAAAAACAGCAUUAUAAAAGAGAAAUGCCAUGGUAGAGGCUUGACGAAACUGCCCCUCGGGGGGGGGUUGCUGCACAGCGAAGGGGGCAAGAAUGCAGCCCGUCGCGGUGGGAGCAGCGCGUCUCAGUGUGGUCGGCUCAGUCAUGCUCAGAAAGGAUUUGGGCUCCCCCUCUCCCCGAUGGGAGCAACGUGGCGAAUAUGAACAACGUGCGGGCGUGGACGGGUUGUCCACCUCUUUAAAAAAAUAAAGCAGCUGAAGACGGUUAAGUGCAGAAGAUUCCGAUACGCAGCGAGGUCGACCUCGAGAGGAGCGUCACGUUGAAGGCCAUCCGAGCCGCGUCAACGAGUAACACGGCGUCGAACUGUGACAAACAUUGACCUAUAGUCCUACGUUGGUGCCCUUUUCAGGAAUUGGACGGAUCUUUAUCGGAACGUCUGAUGUUGUCAGAAUUAUGUUCCGCAACUUCUCUGCACCAAAUCAAACACGUUGCCCGCUGCCAAGUUCUUUUUCCAUUGGUCUGUCUUUCAUAUUUUACUUUGCAAACUCUAUAAUAUUACACUUUAAAACGGCCUUCUCGGAGCAAAUCAAAUCAACACAAGUUAAAUUUGUUAUUGUUGCUAUGUUUUGUAAAUAAUUGAACCGAUGCCUGAAAUUGUAUGAAGGCCAACCCCGUCUUUCCGUUAUUGUGCUGAUGAUGAUCUGCAGGAGGCAAACAUGGAUUACCAUGCCUCAGUAACACGUACAGAACAUAUAGAAACACACAAAAAUAUCAACGAACCAAAG